CUGCGACACGGCAUACAAAAGGUCCACACAAAUUUUGAAUUUUUGUAGUAAUUAUAGGAUCUGUUUAAACUCCAUAAUAGUGAAGUAAUGCAGCAUCAUUGGACAAAAUGUAUCUUGGUUCUUGCUUGCAAAAUGGUAAUGGUUAGUGCGCCAUGUCCUUCUGGAUUUACUUGUUCAGGUAUGACGUCAUGUUACCUUAUAUAUCCCAGUAACAAUGGUUGGAAAUUUCAAGAUCCAAACGGAGACACUCAUUCUUCGGCAAAUGAUGUAUAUUCAUCACCAAACUGCUAUAAAUUUAUAAAACUAAACGGAGCAAUGCAAUCAUGUAUUGACACUCAGCGUGAAUGCAAAAAACUAGGCGGAAACAUCACCGUAAUAAACAGCAUUGAGGAAUACGAACAGUUGACAGAAGUCGUGGUCAAUAUAAUGAAACCCUUCCAAGAUAGAAACUUCAAUGUUCAUAACCAAAAGGAUGGUAUAAGUAAUGGAUGCGCAACAAUCACAGUUGAGGAUGAAUUAUUUAUAAAUGAUGAUAUAAACAUGGUGAACACCGAUUACUUUAAAACUCAUUUGGUAGACGCUAUUGCUUGCGAGUCAUCAGGUAUUAUUGUUGGUGAUGCUGAAAAGUCCGAUGGAUGUAGUGCUGAUAGUCACACUCUUCCUAAAGCGAAUCCAAAAAGCACAAGACAAAUUGUAAACACAUCUGAAGCUGAUGAAAACAGACCUGACCAGCUAUCCCGCCAAACGACCUCCGGAGAAAAGUUUAUCCAGGAUAUGUGGAAAAGAAUUGUUAACACAGAAAUUCAAGAUACUAGAAAUUCAGACAGCAAAGCCGACAUGAAUGACAAAGAGUACCUCAUAGAAAGUGGAGAAGAAAAUGAAACGGUUGAGGACGCUGUCACGUCUGGCGUCAGUGCUUCUAAAAAGGACAAUAUCGAAUGGAAAAUCACAUCGUUCAUUUCUUCACAAGCUCCCAUACAAUCUGUUGCAUCCCAAGGCAAUGGUAAAGAAAAUGAACUUGAAAAGAAAAAAAAUAGCUGA